AUGCCUUUCACUGGAAGCUGCAUGUGCGGUGGUGUGACUUACACCAUCGACGCUGACUCGUACACGGCCGCUCUGUGCCACUGCACCGAUUGCCAAAAGUGGUCCGGUGGCGCAUUUACCUCUAAUGCAGUUGUUCCCCGCAGCAGCGUCAGGGUGACCAAGGGGACCCUUGAUGCCUACGAUGCCAUCGGCAACAGUGGAAAGAUUAAUAAGCACUUCUUCUGCCCUACUUGUGGCUCAAGCAUCUAUACGGAGUUGGAGGUUAUGCCUGAGAUGACAUGUAUUAAGGCCGGGACACUCGAUGGCGGGGAGGCGAAUCUUGGGGGUAGGGUUGAUGUCGAGUUCUAUGUUAAGGAUCGGCCUAGUUAUCUUGCUGCUGUGAAGGGCGCUAAGCAGGAGCAGAUGUUUGGUUGA